AUGCUUACCAACGAGCUUCCUCCCUUCCCUGACCGUAUUCCUACCGUCCCUCUUGUAGUCAUUGACUAUCAGCUGAUCAAGGCCGGCCAUGCCUCGGAGAUCGAGCGUCUCUUCCGAGCCGGGAAGGAGCUCGGCUUCUGGUAUCUCAAGAACCAUGGCGUCGAGGAUAGUACGGAAGACAUGUUUAACAUGGGCGCAGAGACUAUGGUCUUGCCCAUGAAGGAGAAGAUGGCCUUCGAGCAAGGUGAUAGUGGCCGCUCCUUUGGAUAUAAGUGCGCCGGUGCUGUCGCUACGGAUGAGGAUGGCACGCCAGACACCAUCGAGUCUAUCAACAUCUCGCGCGAUGAUGCUCUCUCUUGGCCCAGUGUCGUACAUCGCACUUAUCCCGCCACCGUGAACGCGCGCAUGGACACCACCAUCAAGCCAUUCAUCAAGAAGUCGGUCGAGAUUAACGAUACGCUUCUAAACGCAUUCAACCAGAAGCUCGGACUACCGGAAGGUGCACUCGUCAGCAAGCAUGCUCUUGAAGAACGCACGAGCAGCGAAGCCAGGUGCAUCAGGGCUCCCCCCAACCAAACAACCAAAGUCUCGCUUGACGCACACAGCGACUAUGGUACCAUCACAUUCUUGCAUAACCGGGUCAUUGGAGGCCUGCAAGUCCUACUGCCUGGUACGGAGGAAUGGCGGGCUGUUAAGCCCAUUCCUGGCCACGCAAUCUGCAACCUCGGCGACGCAAUGGUGAUCUUCAGUGGUGGGAUUUUGCGCUCUAACAUGCAUCGUGUCGUGCCACCUCCUGAGGAGCAGUCACACCACGAGCGCUGGUCUAUGGCUUACUUCACACGUCCUGGAAAUGGCGUCGUCCUUGAGCCUCUAGACAGCCCUAUCAUCGCCAAGGCUGUCUCGAAGGCUGCGCCCGGACAGUACAAUACUGGCGUUACGGCAAGUGUCUGGUUUGAGCGCCGUAUCCGCAAUCGCCGCUUGGCCAAUCGCAAGGGUCCCGAGACCUGGUGGGCGAGCCGGGGAACUGAGCACAGUGGCAAUAAGCCGGUUUCUUACGCCUGA